GCUAUUUAUUCUAAUAAUAAAAAUAAUAAUAACGGACUUAACAAAUUAUGCAUGGAAUCAUUGUGGACUUGUAUUACUUCAAAAAGCUUUUACGUUAACAGUAAGGAAUAAUAUAGCCGGUAAAAUCUGAUACAUGUGCAAAGUGUCCUGAUAUCAAUAUUGACAAACUGAUGAUUAUCACCAACGCCAUGCAAAAGCUGUAGACUAAAUUUCUCUAUAUGACUGUGACCUAUAUCUGACGUGGCUUUUUACUGUACAUUAGUGGGUACGCGUGUCUUUUUGUGUCGAAUGUGAUCAGUCGCAAAUGCUGAGUUGAGCAAAAUUGAAUAGUUGCGAUGAAGGAGCAGUCAAUUACUCGAUCUUACUUCGUCCUGUUUUUACUGCAACUGGGAAUUUUUUUGGUUAUUUAAACGCUUCUUUCACUUUUGCGACGACAAUAAAAAAUUUUUUAUCGCGAUUAUCAUGAAACAACUGAAUUAUAGUUUCAAAAAUUGAAAUUAAGUCUAUAUUAUGAAUUUAUUUUUCAAUUAUUAAAAAAUCAUGACAACGAUGUGGAUAAGAAUCAUAAACUGGUGGUUAUUGUUCACCUAUUCCUUUAAGGAAAUUGAGGGAUUGAUUCCAUUAUUUAACUCGGAAAAUCCCAUUAAUUCCUACAAAUAUCAACAAAUGAGAGAAAUUAUAAAAUUGUACUUUUCAAAUCGUUCGAAUCCUCUAGUGCUUACUGAUAACUUAAUAAGUAUAAUAGACCAAGAUACUCGGAAAUCAAUCGCGUCACCCAUUAACGUUAUAAAUGAUAAAUUUAAAGCGAAGAAUAUUCAAAUAUUCAACCCAUCGAGGCCUACAUACAUUUUGUCGACUAAUUCUAAUGAACAACUUGACACUUUUCUUCGGGAGUUUGAAUCCAUGGUAACGUGGAGUAUCGAGUCGUUGUUUUUCAUUGUUGACUUCACUGACAACAAUUAUUGCAUCAAUGCUUCGAAAGUGCUACAAAUUUUAUGGAAAAAAGAAUUGCUUUCAUCCUUAUUUGUCUGCAGCGAACCUGACAGUGACAAAAUAUGGCUGUAUACUUUCAACUCUUACGCACCUCAUGCUCCUCACCCAUGGGAAGAAGUAAAAACUGUUGAAAAACCCGAUAGCCGAUGGACUCUUUACAAACGACCUUACAUAAAUGAUAUCAGCUUUUGUCAAAAUCUCACAUUUGACAAAACUAAAAUCUUGGAUGGCUAUCCACUGAAAACUACUGGACAUCCUAUAUUUAAAAAAAAUUGGACUCGAAAUGAAGUUUAUGGUAAAGAAGUUGUAAAAACUGAAUUUUCGUAUUUUCCUGGUAUGUUUUUUUCAACAUUAUGCGAAAAAAUGAAUGUCACGCUAGUAAUUAAUUUCGAUGAUGAAGGCUACUUCCAUAAAAACGAAACUUUCGGUUUCUUAAAAUUGUUAGUUAAUGGUACAUCUGAUAUAGGUAUGGGUUUAAGACACUUCGCUGAAGUUCCAGCAGAACUUAUUGAUACAGUUAAACUAUAUAAUGAAAACGGGUUUUUGAUAUUGACGUUGAAAAAAAGGUUUGAGCUUCCUCUCGAAAUAAUUGAGGACUACUGGACCACUGACAUAAUCGUAUUAUCAAUAGCAACGUUACUAAUUACAUCCGUAACAAUAUUUAUCAAUAAUAAUAACAGUUCCCGCGCAACUUUCUUAGAUAUUUUACGAAUGAUAUUAGGCGGGGGUAUAAUGACGACACUUGAAAGAUUUUCGAUGCGUAUUGUUUUUGUAAUCGCGACAGUAGUACUUUUUAUUUUAAAUCCAGCCUUAGGUGGUUCUCUCUCAGCUUUGAUGUCUAACCCCGAACGUCUAAGUGUAGAAAGUUUGCAAGACUUGCAUACUUAUAAAUAUCAUGUUUACAUCCACUUUAUCCAAAAAAAAUUUAUUGACGAAACAAAUCUGUGGUUAGGUUUGGAUCGUAAAUAUUUGCAUUUUACAAAUACGACUGAUGUUAACUGUGACUAUCGGGUAUUAAAUGACUCAACUGCUGCGUGCAUCGCUUUUUCUACUCGUCAAAUACGUGCUGCUAAGAAAUAUCAGAAGCAAUUACAUGUCUCGGACUCAUUUAUUCUCAAAUCGUAUUUUACUUUUUGGACCCGACGUAACUGGGCAUUGAAAAAUCGAGUCGAUCAAAUAGUACUACGAUUAACCGAAGCUGGUAUCAUAAAACACUGGAAUAGUAAAGGAAUUUACGAACCUUUAAAAAAAUUAAGAGCCAAGGAAAAACUGGAGGAGAGUUCAGAAUAUUUCCAGAUUCAAUUAGAAAACGUAUUAUUCGCUAUUAUCUUUUUUAUAUUGGGUUCAAUUUUCGGGAUAAUUAUGUUCAUCGCCGAAAUAUAUUUAAAAAGACAAGUAUUGCGUUUAGAACCGCCGGAAAGAAAAUUAAAAUUACGACAAAAAAUUGUCAUUAUCAAUAAAAGAAUCGUGAUUCUCAAUAAAUACAUUAAAUAGUCAGGGUGCUCACAAAUACUAGUCUUUGUGUGGUUUUAAAUGUUGCAACAAAAAAUUGUCUCUAUCUAUCAAAGAUUAGUUAUUAUGAUUCGACGUCGAUAAUUCAGUCAUAUCCGUUUUUUCGAAAUGUGUUAUUUUUAAAUCCUUUUUGAAAACACUCGCUAAGGACCGUUGCUAUAAUCUAUAAUUAUAUUUAUAGUUUUUGUGUGACAAUAUUAAGCAAUUUUAGCAAUAAUGUCCUUCCUUUAUAUUUAAUAUUGAUGAAUCAUUAUUAAAUCAUAUCAACUUAAUACACGGAGAGAAAUCCAUGGUAACAAUUAUAAUAUAUUAUGGGAAUGGUUACCAUAAUGCAUAAUAAUCGGUUUUUUUGAAAUGUUGAUUAUAGGAACGGCACCCAUAUAUAUUAUAGUUAUCAAUACUAUAAUAUUAUCGUAAUCGUUACCAUAUAUGGUAAUCAUUACCAUGAUUCUUUCACAUGCGAUGUAGGAACAGUUACCAUAAUGAUGGGAAUUGUUCCCAUACUUAUAGAAACUUUUCCCAGAAAGUAUGGGCCUAUAUCCCAUAAUUCUAAGUAAUCAUUACCAUAAGGGUAUGGGAUGAUAUUUCAUAAACGUACUAGGAACGGUUACCAUUAAUUUCUCUCCGUGUAGGUUAGUAUUAAUUACAACCUAAGCUUCAUUAUCAAUUGCUGUUCUUGUAAUUAAAUUAUGUCACAAGAAGAUUUUGAACUACUUUUUGAUAUCUUGUUUGAUAUUUAUCUUAGCCUGAAUAAGUAUUAUCUAGUGAAUAAAUUAAUAGAUUAAUUUAUUAUUAUAAAAUAUUCCUGGGAGAAAUUAAUUUAGAACUCACGAGAUCUUAAUAAAGUAACAGAAAUCUAAUUUUUUUCUCAAAUUUUAGAUUUACAUUGAUGUCCUGAGAUUUACUUAAUUUCAUGUCAAUCUCUUUAAAUCUGAUUUUUUUUCUUCACGAGGCCCCGAAAGUUCUCUAAAAUUCAAAUUUACAGUUCGAUUAUUCGGCCUUUUUUAGCUUUGAUCUCUUUAUAUAUAUAUAUAAGGGCGGGGGAGAAAUGGGGCUCUGGGGUCAAAAGGGGCUCACCUUUUUUCCUAUGAGGCUCAUUUUGCCCCACUCUUCCUUAUAGAUAUAACAGAAUACCGAAUGUAUAUUUUCGUAGAUCUAAACUACUUUUUCUCGGGUUAAAAAUACUGUUAUGUAUUGAAGUGUAUAACGAAUUGCGAAAAAAUUUUUGUAUCACCGAUUGUCGUUUGUAAAAAUAAAAAAAUGUACACCACAAAUUGUGAAUUAAAAAAUAAAAUAGUGUAAAAAAGCAAAUGCGUUAAUGACUCUGUAUAAAAGUAGAGUAGACAGUUCUCCAGAAUUCUUUGUAUCAAUGUGGUCAGCUGGUCAAUUAGUGAUCAGUCAGAUACCUCA